GGCUCCGGGAGGAUGGAGCAUUGAGGCAGUCUGGGCGGCUGCCGGCAGCGCCAUGGAGACGGUGCAGCUGAGGAACCCGCCGCGCAGGCAGCUGAAGAAGUUGGAUGAAGACAGUUUAACCAAACAGCCAGAAGAAGUGUUUGAUGUCUUAGAGAAGCUUGGAGAAGGGUCUUAUGGCAGCGUGUACAAGGCUAUUCAUAAGGAGACUGGCCAGAUUGUUGCAAUCAAGCAAGUGCCGGUGGAAUCAGACCUUCAGGAGAUCAUCAAGGAAAUCUCCAUAAUGCAACAGUGUGACAGCCCUCAUGUAGUCAAAUAUUAUGGCAGCUACUUUAAGAACACAGACCUGUGGAUUGUUAUGGAGUACUGUGGGGCUGGUUCUGUUUCUGAUAUCAUUCGGCUACGAAACAAGACGGCAAUAUUCAUGAUUCCUACAAACCCUCCUCCCACAUUCCGUAAGCCAGAGCUGUGGUCAGACAACUUCAUGGAUUUUGUGAAGCAGUGUCUGGUAAAAAGCCCGGAGCAGAGAGCCACAGCCACUCAGCUCCUACAGCACCCGUUUGUUAAGAGUGCCAAAGGAGUGUCAAUAUUGCGAGACUUAAUUAACGAAGCCAUGGAUGUGAAACUGAAGCGCCAGGAAGCCCAGCAGCGGGAAGUGGACCAGGAUGACGAGGAGAACUCAGAGGAAGAUGAAAUGGAUUCUGGCACGAUGGUUCGAGCUGCCGGUGAUGAGAUGGGCACUGUCCGAGUAGCCAGCACAAUGAGCGGAGGAGCCAAUACUAUGAUUGAGCACGGUGACACGUUGCCGUCCCAGCUGGGCACCAUGGUGAUCAACACGGAGGACGAGGAAGAGGAAGGAACCAUGAAAAGAAGAGAUGAGACCAUGCAGCCUGCAAAACCGUCUUUCCUUGAAUACUUUGAACAAAAAGAAAAGGAGAAUCAGAUCAACAGCUUUGGCAAGAAUGUUUCUGGCUCUCUGAAGAAUUCUUCGGAUUGGAAAAUCCCUCAGGAUGGAGACUAUGAGUUUCUCAAGAGCUGGACUGUGGAGGACCUUCAGAAGAGGCUCUUGGCCCUCGACCCCAUGAUGGAACAGGAAAUGGAAGAGAUCCGGCAGAAAUACCGGUCCAAGCGGCAGCCAAUCCUGGAUGCCAUUGAAGCCAAGAAGAGGAGGCAACAGAACUUCUGAUAACACCAGCCCAGCCUUUGGUGACUUCUGGGUUGCUAGACUCAUAUCUGUUAGCCAGCACUUCUGCUCUGUCAUUUCUGCACAGCACCUUUGUGAACUCAGGAAUGUGCGCCAGUGGGAAGGGCUGCUAGACAGUCAUCGUGCCAUUUGGUGUGUGCAUUUACACCGGCAAGGUGUAUCUUGAAGGGUUUGUAUUGGUGCUUUUAACUCAGAAUUUUAGACCCCAGGAGCAGAGACUCCUAGUUCAGUGAUAGCUGGGAAAUUUUUUACAUUGUUUCUUUUUGUUUUCCUUCUAGUAAUAGCUUUUGGUUGCUCGCCCUGGAAGACUUUUAAAAAAAUCUAUAAAUAUGCAUAUAUUAUAUAUAUAUAUAUAUAAAUUAUAAAUAGAUUCCCCACUCUGUGUGGUGGUGUCUCUGUACAGGUACAGUUUCAAACACUUUGCCUCUUUCCUGUGAGAUUAUGGUACUGUGCAGCAAGAGAGCAGAAGACACCGGAAGGCUCGUAGGUGGUCACUGAAUCCCAGGCGUCAACUUCACCCGAUGCAGGGGUGCAUGGGAAAAUUAGUCUUGGGAUGGUUAUGCCACCACAGUGAGGAGCCUCCCGUGGUCCCCACUGGCCUCUGAAGCUGUCGGUGAUGCAGGAAAACAAUCUGGAGAACUUGAGUUUUCUCUUUUCCCAGGAGAAGCCUGGAGCCCUCUUUGCAGAGUAGCCUUUGCUGUCUCAGCGCCUUUCAUCCAUUUCCACCCUUCCAGCUGCCUAAAGUCGCAUCCAAGAUACUGUCCAGUGCCUUAAGAGGAGACACAUCUGUGAAAGGACAGGCUUCCAAGGACUUCACAGCAAACCAGGCCCUAUCCAGGCCAGAAAAUCUCAGUGUUCCUGGGUCAAAUUACACAUGGCAUUUGUUCUUCAUUUCGUAGAUACAGGGUAAAGGGCGUUGCUUCCAUGGUCCACAUCCAAAUAUGUGAUUGUUUAUUUUUCCAUUCACUGUUGAGGCUCUAGCAAGGGUAAAUUAAUGCCCAACUGAGGCUCACUCCCAGAAGGCUUAGUUGGACACAGAAUGGUAGGGAAGGGACCUUCGAAGUCAGUAGGUCUGAUUGUAUUGUCCAGGUGGCAAAAUGAGACUCAGAGGAGAGGUGACAUUGCGAACUCCACAUAUCAGAGUAAACUAGUAGGGGUUGGAAUUCAGAGCCUUUGUCCUGUACCACUGGACCAAGAGCCUCUUCACUGAGAGAAUGAAGCUACCAGUGCACAUCAGUUUGGCCCAGGAACCCCUGCUCGUUCCUUGCCUCUUUGAUACCUGAGCUGCUAUGGAAAGGCUUCCCAGAGGAGCCAUGCCAUUCAGUCUCAGCUACUAGUGGGUUCCUUACUGUGUCCCAGAGACAGACAGGCUCUCAGGGAGGGCCUGCAGUGGGGUAGAGGGCUUUGCAAAAGACAGUUAUGGAGUCAUCCCUGCAUCUUUGGCUCAAAACCGCAGUCAGAAGGAACUGGGAAGCCAGUCACCCUAUUAGUUUUUCUCAUUUUAUCCUUCCGAUGGGAGCCCUGAUGGGGUUGCACCUGAGCAGACUGAAAUUCGACUCCAUAAUUGCUUUUGCUCCCUAACCUGAGAGUCGAUAAAGUGGCAGGGGAUGUUCUCUUCUGUGACCAGAUUCUGUUCUUUGCAAUUAAAGCAAGCUUUAAAAAAUGCAAGAGGCAGCUGGUCUACAGAACUUAGCCAGUAAGGUAACUAUGUGACAGAAUUAGAGGACAGUUCAGGGACCUUGCUGGGAUGAUAAAUGUCUGCUAGGAUUUCCUGGGAAGCACGUGCCAGGUACUGGGCUAGGUGUACUACAGGUUUCAUCGGAAUUCCCAGGGCUUAUAAAGUUAUUUCUCAUAUGAUGAAAUUGCAUUUGAAAGGUCCCUUCCCAUGACACUGUAGAUUGGGAUACAUGACAUCAUUCUAUGGGGCUGGUAGUCACAGGAACAGCAAAGUCCUAAAUGUUUAGAGUGAAGUGUCCGUGGCUUCUCACAAAGACUUAAGUCUAAGUGGUAUUUUCUUUUUAAGGUUAGAAACCAGGUGAAUUCAUAGUCAAGUCCCCAACUCAAGAAAGCUUUUAAAAACCUGGAACACGGGGCACGCAUAACAUUCGCUGUGCUAUGUUCAUAGCCCAGCCUCGAGCUCUUUCCUCUUGAAGGAAAAUGCUUUGGGCUUUGCCAGACAGAAGGAAAAAGCCCACAGCUCCCUUCUGAAGCAAGAUGGGUGUACAGGAAAAUAGUUUUUCCUGUGACUAUUCUGCAGCUGUGAACCUAGAUCUAGAGUCUGUUUGGUUGCAGACAUGUCUGCACCGCACAGCUUGGUCCACAGUCAGGUGCCUGGCAGACCAGCUCAGUAGCCGUUUGCCAGAAGCCAGCUGCUUUGGAUUUCUGGCCAGGCAUGUGUGCUGUUCAGUGACAGGCAGGCGAGCAAACAGUCCUUUCCUUGAGGACCAAAUCCAAGGAACCCUGUUUCCCUUCUCUGGAGCUUGAACAUUUGUGACUCAGGCUUGCAGUGGACUCUGACCCAGCAGGCUCUCUGCUUCCAAGAUGCGGAGGCCUACACCUAAAUCUUCUUUUCAGCAAACAAACAAAACCUCAUACUCUCUAAAAAUGUUGUAGUGUUGCUCCCAUUCAAAAAUUUGAAGCCCAUUUCCAUCUUUAUUUCCUUUAUAUAUUUUUUUAUUUUAUAUGAGAUUUUAUAUAAGAUUUUACAUUCCCCAGUAGAUUGGACGAGAAUUUGACUGACUGGGUGUGAGAGAGGUUGCUGGGUGUGUGGAUAAACAGGAGCCGUAAUCUGAAGCCCCAGGAGUUGGGUCUUGAGCUCCUUACACCGAAGGGUAGCGCCUGACAAUGCCAGAAACUUAUUUACCAUUUACAGCUCAGUACCCCAGCUAAUGUCAGGAAUGAGAGAGAGCAUCACUGCAGACCCUGAAGAUACUCAGAGACUAAUAGCAGAAUAUUAGCUUCUUGCUAAUACAUUCACCAGCUUAAGGGAAAUGGACAAAUACCCAGAAAAUUACAAAGGACCUAAGCUUACUCAGAGAUGAAAUGGGCAAUCGCAACAGCCCCCAGCCCCUGAGAGACACGGGACCUGACGCUCUGCUAACAACUGUCCCUCAGUGUCAUGCCAGCAGUGUGACAGAGUCCCAUUCUUACACCACUGGCCUUCCCAGCAUACCUUUCGGGCUCUAAAGAUUGCUGUCCUUUAUUUUUGGGGAAGUUUUUCCCAUUCAAACCACACCCCUCACCCUCCUCACCCUUUUUAAAGCACUGUUUUUGUAUUUUUAUUAGAAUUACAUGCAUUGCCUUUGGAAUCCAUGUUCUUUGUGUUUAAGCGGGGAGGUCUCUUCCACCAGCCUGCACUCAGACCAACUUGAAGAGAAAAAAAAUUCUUAAAUGCUGUUGCUGAUGUAAAUUUAAAAAAAAAAUGUGAAGUUUGUAGCUUUAAUCUUUUGUAACAAAAACUAAUCAACACUGGUGUAAGUGCUGACUCGAAAUGCUAUUUUGUAAGGUUUGGAUGUAAAUAAUAGGGGUCAGCUGUUUGUAUAUGUGUGAGACAUAGCUUCUUCCACUGCCGUGUGGUCUUAACUCGAGGUACUUCCUGUGUGCUUUUAUGUUAGAGUUGUACCCUCAUUUGUCUCCCAACACCUGUCACCCUUGUGUUAAAUAAACUGUCCUUUAGACCACA